UUUGAAUCUUACAACCCGUCUGUUCCUUCAAAAGAUGAAUAAAGACCGGAUUGAAACCUACUAUAAAAACAUUUCGAUUUCAUCCACAUGAUAGUACAAUGAACAGCCUCUGGAUGGGCAACCUGGAGUCCUACAUGAAUGAAGAGUUCAUAUCCAAAGCUUUUGCUCACAUGGGAGAAACUGUGAUGCGAGUCAGACUGAUUCGAGACAAAAUAACAGGGGAAGCUGCAGGUUAUGGUUUUGUGGAGCUGGUGGAUGAGACUUCAGUUGAGAGAUGCCUUCGCAAAGUGAAUGGAAAACCGUUACCUGGAGCCACUCCUCCUAAAAGGUUCAAGUUGAGUCGCGCCACUUACGGAAAACAUGGAGAAAACAGUUCUACUUUCUGCCUAUUUGUAUCGGAUCUCACACCAGACGUGGAUGACGGCAUGUUGUACGAGUUCUUUCAUUAUCGUUUUCCAUCCUGCUGCAGUGGGAAGAUCGUUCUGGACACCAAUGGCUACUCAAAGUGCUGUGGGUUUGUGAGCUUUGAGAGCGAAAGAGAUCAGAGACGGGCCCUGGCAGAACUCCAGGGUGCUAUUGGACUUGGGAAAAAAACAUUACGCCUGAGUCUGGCAACAAACAAAAUGAAAAAGAAAGAAUCAACAGAAAGUCCAAAUUGGCAGUAUCAUGCAGAAAGCUACAUCAGCCAAAACUUAUAUCUGAACCAGUGUUGUUAUGCACAGCAUCCGGACCAUUCCACAUCUUAUGACUGGAGCUAUGAUUACAACUACAUCAAUUCUCAGAACAUCCCACAGGAUAAUGGAGAAAUGGAAGAUGAUGACCUAGAGUAUCCAGACUCUGAACUCAAUGUGACGGAGGAAAAUCAGAGAUUUAUGGAGCGAAGUGAAGAAUUUUACAGUGCUUUGACCGGAUGCUUUUUCCAGCCUCCUGAGUCGUGGGACGGGGUCCCGUGUAGUGUUAUUUGUUACCUACCUGAACCAAUUUACCAUUACGAGGAGAUUAACUAGCGAAGACAUAUAUUUGUUUUCAUGUAGUAUUUGUUUAUUGCCCAUUGCAACGUAUUCUUAAAGUAACUGAAUGUACAGGGUCACUAAUACACGAAUAUUAGACGACACAAGUUAAAGAAUACAGCAGUAAUAUUAGUUAUUUGUUAUGGUGCACUUUAAGUAAAACUAUUUCGUUUUUUUAAGUAUAUUUUUUCUUGCGUCGUAAGAAAAGCACACAGUAAAUUGAGGUUUAGGUUUAAACAGCAGGUUCUGCCUAUUUUGCAAAUGAACUGGGUUGAAAAUUACCUUUUUUGUUUUAAAUUGGUUAAAUUAUUAUUACAUUUAUUUAACAAAUUACGAAUGAAGAAGGGCAUUAACCUUUAGUCAAUUUUGUUAUCUCAUCCACCUCGGAAGUUCGAUGAAGGCCAAAUGAUAGCCUAUAAAAAUAUAUGAGCUGUUUAUUUCAAUUUGAAAUAAAGUUGCCAAAAGUGGAAUUUUUGAAAAAUGUUUAUUAACAACUUUCUCUUUAUUCACAACAGCAUUUUUUUA